UGUCACGUCAAUGUCAAAAGUGUCAACAAAACGAAAAUGUCAAUACUAAAAUCACACUGAUUUUCUCAAUCACAAAACAAAAUUCAAUAGCAGUGCACAUCUAUUUGGUUAUGGCGUAAAUUAAAAGUGUAAAAUUAAAAAAUGAGUUCCCCCGAUAAAACCUCAAAAGCAUCAGCUACAAGCUUGAAGUCCGCAGAUAAAACUUCGUCGAAGCAAAGUGUUAAAUCAGCUCGAAGUAACGCCGAACCCUAUGUCGAUAAUUACUAUGAGACCUGCCAAGACCCGGUCUUCAUCUACGGCGGGCCGUUUAUCCAGGUUAAAAGGCCGGAGCCGUUUAUCGAUUCGACGACUCCGAUCAACCUAGAGUUACAGGCCACUUUUAAAAAGAGUUUUGCAUAUUAUUCUAUGAAAGAGAGGAUUCCAGUGAUUCUGACCAAAGUUAUAGAUGGUUUAUCAAAACGGGGUGACCCAGACUCAAGAAAACUGAUAGAAUACGUAGCCAGACUCAAAAAUGAAAUAGUCACCAACAAGAGAUAUUCCAAAUUCGAGGUGGACUCAGAGGAGGCCAAGCGAUGGAACGAGUGGCUCGACUCGCGUCAAGCAAACACAUACUUCACUGACGUAUGGGUUUUCGCAGAAUGUUACGUGUAUAGGAGACUCAGAGAGGGCUGCGAGCUAAUUCCAAGUCUAAAAGACUUCGAUCCCUUUGGCGAUCAGAAGAAACAAGCCUUCCAUGAUGGGAAAGAGGCUAUGUGCAUGGUCGCGACGCAGUUGAUGCCCCUGUUGUCUCCCAGUGACAAAGACAAACGGAAACAGAGCUUCAUGACUUUACUGAAGAUCUGCCUGUGGUCCAAUAAAUGCGACCUUUCACUAUCCGUUGGCGAGCCUGUGGCCUUAGUGUCUGGCGAAAAGGGAACAGACCCCUCUCAAAUGCCCGCUGUAGACCCCUUCCAAAUGGUCAUCGAUUUUAAAGAUAAGUUGCUGGCAGAUGACACGGGGAAAAUAGCUGACCAGGUGGUGAAUAAAGCAGAGGCCAUCAGGACCAAGAUAGACAACAACACCGUAUUCAAAGCCAAGUGCAGCUGUCACAGGUUGGCCAAGAUUGGCAAUACACGAAUAUGCAUGGACGAGGCACAAAAAGAGGCUCUAGCCAAAGCGGCCGCGGACAAGGCGAACAGUAAGGGCAAGGGGAAGGGCAAGGCGCCUCCCCCUCCCCCUCCCCCGCCCCCCGAGGAGGGCGCGGAGCCGCCGCCGCCGCCCGUGCCGUGCCCCGCUAAGGUGUUGGUGCCCAGCGCCGUGCAGUUUGAUAUCGUGUGCGACAAUGCUGGUUUCGAGUUGUUCGCAGACUUGUGUUUAGCGACCUGGUUGGUCGAACAGAAGAUUGUAGAUAAGAUACGGUUCUACGUGAAGAAAAUACCGUGGUUCGUCUCAGACGUUACACCGAAAGACUUUACAGAGCUGAUCCAGAUGUGUUGCAACGCGCAAUACAGCAGGACGGCGCCUCCGCCCGCGCCUAAGAAGCCGCUGGCGGAGGGCGAAGCACCCCCACCAGACACAAACGUGACCUCAGCGGAGCUCCAACAGCUCGGCCAGAAGUUCCAGCAGUAUUACAACGAGGGCGUGUUCGUUGUGUCGUGUGAAGACUUCUGGACAUCCCCCCACGUAUUCAAAGACAUGAAGAAGUACGACUACUGGUUGUACCGUAAACUGCAAUACGCUGUCGCUGUUCUAUUCAAAGGCGAUCUGAACUAUAGGAAGCUGCUUGGAGAGAAGAAUGUUCCGCCUACUACACCGCUGCUACAAGCUCUACAAGGCUUCCAACCGGCACCGUUGAUCGCGUGUCGCACGGUCAAGUGCGAUCUGAUCUGCGGCUUGAAGAAAGGCAAGGCAGAGCAAAUCUUCAAGAUUGAUCCUAAGUGGAUGCAGACUGGCGACUAUGGGGUGGUUCAGUACUGCCCGAAGGCCGAGCCCCUCAAGGUGGCGGACCGGCCGUGCAAGUUCUACUGCGCCGAGUGUCUCGGCCUCACCUGCCCUGAUGAGGACCGCUUCUGGUGAUUUCGGGUGAGCGAGUUAUAUCCAGAUGUUUUGUC